AUGAGGCGUCAUGCAUUGGAUUCUUUUGUUAAUAGGAUUCCAUUCCAUCGAUUUCGGGUCUAUCUGCUCCAAAGAAUUUCACGGUUUAUAUUUGGACUCGAACAAGCUGAAGCUCUGAUAUGCAAAAUGGAUCUUAAGGCGAGAAGCUUGAAGCCAAAUGUGAAAGCUGUGCUCCUUGCCAAACUAAGGGAAUGCAAAUCUGAUCUGAAUAAUUUGAAGAGUGAAGUUAAACGACUUGCAUCAGACAACAUAAACCAGGCUGCAAGAGAUGAUUUGUUGGAAUCAAGAAUGAUAGAUGCAUCAUUGAGAACUAUUAGAGGAUAA